CAGACCCACCAGAAGAAACACGCUAAAGAACAAACUGCUCCAGAAUCAUCAUAGUGACCUUUCAUCAGUAAAUCUGGAUAAAAUACUCAUCCUGAAACUGUACAUUGAGCUCUUUCUGCCAGUAGGGGGCAGUGUCGCAUUGAGCUUUUUUAAUGUGAUUUGGGAGAGUAGAGAUGGAUUGAACCAAACUCUGUAAAUCUGUUCGAAGGAACAGAACAAUCAUUGUUUCUUAAACUUGACAGAUUGAACUCGACCUAUGAAAAAGCCUCAAAAUAUAUCUAUAAGUGCCUGGAUUUCAUAACGCUGUUAAACAUGUUUUAAGUGUUGAAAAGUGACUUGAGUAUGAUUGUAAGGCAAUUGCACCCUUUUUUCCAUUGUUGGAUUGUUUUCAUUGGAAAGAGGUUUUCCAUUCACACAAUGUUAUUAAUUUUCAAUUUCAUGUGUUUUCCCAGUGCAUUUGUGCCACCAGGUCAGGUGAGAUAUUUACUGCGGAAAAAAAGUUUUUUUUUUUUUUUUUUUUUUUUUUGUUCUUGUUUUUGUAGCAGCUACAUAACUUCUCUUUAAUGUGCAGAUCAGUGUCUGAUACAGAUUUAUUUAUAAAAUAAUAAUAAUAAUAAUAAUAAUAAUAAUAAAUAACGCUGGUUUUGGCGGUAUUUUCACUUAUUUUUGAUUGAGAACGGUUGCUGUAGAUCAACUGACUAGCGAGUGUUACAGGAACCUGUAGGAGGCGCUCAGACGCUCUUUAGUCCGCCGGUAAAACCAUGAAGAAAGAACGAAGUCUGAGACAGAUGUUGACCAUGAAAGCGCAGAUGGAUGUGAUCUGCUGUAAAUCAGUAGGAACUGAUCUGUCCAUGCUGGAUAUUGAGGAUUUCAUCAGUGAAAUCUGUCAGCUGAAGAAAGAGGUGGCGUCACUGGAGGCAAAGCUGAGAGAAAGAGGAGACAAACCCAACAGAGAGGAUCUGGAGAAGGUUUCAGUGUGUGUGACUGACGGGACAGAAGCUCAGGAUUCAGUCUGGAGAUCCAGAGACACACAGGACUCAGAGCUCAGCCUCACUUUACUGUGUUAUACUGACGCUCAGGAUCAUGGAUCCGCUGAUCAAACCUCUGACUGUAACGCUGGAGAACAGCAGAUGCUGCAGACGCCGCUGAAGAUGUGCUCCGUCAAACUGGUGGACUGCAGGAACCUGAUAGAGAGCAGAGGAGAAAAAACCACAGCAGAGGAACAACAACAGAGCCAUGAGGAGGAUGAUGACUUUGUUCCUUCAGAUGAUAACAGUGUUUCAUCUUCUGAUGGAGAUGAAGAAACGGCUUCAGCAUCAAAAGAUCAGCCGAGGUCCAAGAGUUUUUCCUGCGUCACCUGUGGGAAAACAUUGAGUUCACAGGGACAUUUAGUGAGACAUGAGAGAAAACACACAGAACAGAAAGACUUCACCUGCAAGAUAUGCAACAUCAGCUUUCCUACCUUAGAAGAGAGGAGACUUCAUACAAAAGAGCACAGCGUGAAGAAGGAGUUUCACUGCGAACAGUGCGGGAAGGAUUUUUUCAUUUCUAAGUGCCUAAAAGCUCAUAUGAAGACACAUAGUGAAAGGACUUUCCACUGCAGCGAGUGCAACAAGUAUUUUAUCACUAAAUGGAAUUUAUUGCUCAUAAGCGAAUCCACACGGGUGAAAGGCCGUACAAGUGCCCUCACUGCGAGAAGAGUUACAAACACAUAUCCCAUCUGAAGACCCAUGUGCGUGUUCACACCAAUGAGAAGCCAUACAAGUGCAGUGAAUGUGGGAAAACCUUUAAGGAUUUACGUUCUCUGAGGCCACACCAAAGAUUGCACUCUGAGAAGCUGUAUCAGUGCAAACACUGUGAUAAACGUUUCCAUAAUAAAUUUUCCCACAUGAGAGGACUCACACCGGAGAGAAACCAUACCUGUGCUCCUCCUGCGGGAAGAGCUUUUCCAAUCCAAUGUCUUUCAGAGUUCAUCAGAGGCUCCACACGGGAGAAAGACCGUAUCGCUGUAGCGAUUGUGGGAAGAGUUUCAUACAUCACAGUAACUUGGUGAUGCAUCAGAGAUCACAUACAGGAGAAAGACCGUUCAAAUGCUUAUAUUGUGGUAUGACAUUUGUUGCAUCGCAUGUCCUGAAGAUCCAUGAGCGACAGCAUACAGGAGAGAAACCGUACCGCUGCUCCAUCUGCGGCAAGAAAUUCGCUCAAUUAGCAGGUUUGCAGACCCACCGGAAAAAUCACGCUGAAGAACAAACUGCUCUGAAAUCACCAUAGUGUUUUUUCACAGCUCAAUCUGGACUCAUUCAGCUCAUCCUAAAACUGUAGUUGAGCUCUUUCUGCCAGUAGGGGGCAGUGUCGCAUUGAGCUUUCAUGUGGAUUAGAAGUAGAGAUGGAUAGUCAAUGCUGUGAUUGCAGUGUGUGACAGAGCAGGACAAAGAUUUCAUCUUGAGGUUGACAACUUGAACUAUUAAAAAUAAUAUAGUAUCGCAUUUGGGGCGAGUUUCAAAGCCUCCCCUUUUUUUUGUGGCAAACUUCACUUUAAUGUACAGGUCUGAUAUAGUUUUAAAAUAUACUUUGGUGUAUUUAGAUUAUUGAUCUCAUGUGAACACACAAAACUCAGCCACAGCUUCUCUUAGCAGUAAUUUACUGAAAAAUAAAUAAAUAAACGACGGUUUGAGGGCAAGAAAUGACCUUUAUUGCCCACAGUUUAUGCUACAACUGAACUGAUUCGGAAAUGCAAUAAAACACAACAUGGUAAAAUCAUAAUGGUGCACUUAGCAAUUACAGAAAUAACAGCUAAAAACUUAAUUUUCAUCGCCUUCAUAAUUUUAAUUAAUUUAUACGAAUAAAAAAAAAACAUGAAAAGUCGCUGGUUUGGAAAUCAACGGUAUUUUUGAAUGAGUAAAAGACGGCGAAGGUUUGGUGUUACGGUUACGGGAACCUGUAGGAGGCGCUGUGACGCUCUUCAUUCGCCGGUAAAUCCACUGAAGAAAGAGCGAAUCCUGAGACUGAGAUGUUGAGCAUGAAAGCGCAGAUGGAUGUGAUCUGCUGUAAAUCAGUAGGAACUGAUCUGUCCAUGCUGGAUAUUGAGGAUUUCAUCAGUGAAAUCUGUCAGCUGAAGAAAGAGGUGGCGUCACUGGAGGCAAAGCUGAG